UUUCUUAAAACUGCAUUGUUGGUUAAGGGCUUGUAAGUAAGCAUUUCACUGUAAGGUCUACAACGGUUGUAUUCGGCGCAUGUGACAAAUAACAUUUGAUUUGAUGGUUGGUUUAGAAAAAAAGUUAUCACACCCUUUCUAGAGUUCAGUAGAUCAAAUGUAUUACCCAAGACAAGUGGAGUACUAAUUGCCCCAUUUGUCACCAUGGUACCUUGUUGUCUGUCAUUGUUAGCCAUGCCCCUUCAGUUUCACUCUAAAAUGACCUUAGAGUUAACAAAUGAGGGUCAAAUCAAAUCAAAGUUUACUUGUCAUGUGCACCGUGCUGGGCGCAGAAUACAACAGGGAAAUGCUUAGUGGUGCAAAAAAUAAUAGGGACAAAAUUAACAAUACAAUAGUCAUCAAACUUGGGGUGGUGUGUAGGCCUACGUGGGCGACAGGUGGCCUAGUUGUUAGAGCAUUGGGCCAGUAACUGAAAGGGUGCAAGAUCGAAUCCUGAGCUGACAAUGUAAAAAUGUGUCGUUCUGUCCCUGAACAAGGCAGUUAACCCACUGAAAUAAGAACUUGUUCUUAACUGACUUGCCUAGUUAAAUAAAUGUACAAAAUAAUGAUAAUAGCUUACAACACACAUCACUAGUCAUUAGCAGUGUGGAAGGGCAGAGGGGCGUGGUAAUCUCCGCGGCGCCACUUUAAAAAAACAGUCGCGUUGAUAUGUUAAUCUUUCACCGUGAAAGCCUCGUCACUAUUGGCUGAGAGCCGCCGUCCCUUUGAGACCGGAGGCCCCAUUGGCUGGUGCUCAGCGAGACACUCACGCGCACAAUAUCUUCCUUCUUUUGUUAUUGUACGGAGCGCGAGGUUUCUGGGCGCUAGCAGGAUGCACGAGCGGAGACAGCGAGGCUGAUAGUCAUAUCGACAGGGAUAGAAGCAGAUAGCCCCUUAGGGGAGGAAGGAAAGUCGGGUUACUAGCUACCUCAGUGCACCACAUUCACCACUAUUUCACUUCUUAUCCUUCAAUACUCCGGCUGAUGUCAUCAUGUCGGUAAACGCCCCCAGCAGCAAUGACGCCUGCCUGAGCAUCGUGCACAGCCUCAUGUGCCACCGGCAGGGUGGCGAGAAUGAGGGUUUCGCCAAGCGUGCCAUCGAGAGCCUGGUGAAGAAGCUCAAGGAGAAGAAGGACGAGCUGGACUCGCUCAUCACCGCCAUCACCACCAACGGUGUGCACCCCAGCAAGUGUGUCACCAUCCAGAGGACCCUGGACGGACGCCUGCAGGUUGCAGGGAGGAAAGGCUUCCCCCAUGUGAUCUACGCUCGAUUAUGGCGCUGGCCAGACCUACACAAGAAUGAGCUAAAGCACGUCAAGUUCUGCCAAUACGCCUUCGACCUCAAAUAUGACAAUGUGUGUGUCAACCCUUACCACUAUGAGAGAGUGGUUUCGCCCGGCAUUGUUGGUCUCAGUCUCCAAAAUACAGCCCUCUCUCCUCUAGGCCCCCCUGGGAGGCUGAUCAAGGAGGAGUAUAUUCAUGACUGUAUCCAGAUGGAUAUGCCACCAGGCAUAUCCCCCCACCCAGGGGCGCUCAAGCUACAGCCUCCGGACCACUACGGCCAGCCACUCCCGCCUCUGCAGCUCCCGCCGGAACCGCAGCGGGCCCCUCUGCCCAUCACCCUCUACCCCAACAUGCCCCUCUCGCCCACAGUGUCCGGCUCUAUGCUGCCUCUCCAGGGAGGUCACAGUGAGGGGCUCCUACAGAUAGCCACUCCUCAGGGUCAGGUCAUGACCCCUAUGACCCCCACGCCGCCCCCCUCCACCCCAACACACGGGCUGCCACACGGGCCACCGCAGAACCCCCAGCCACCCCAGCCCCCGCCUGGUCAGAAUGGAUACAACAGCUCCAAACACACACAGUCACAGGCUGCGUUCCACACAACUUGGACAGGUAGUAGCACAGCCUCCUACACUCCUGUGGGACCCCAACAACAGAAUGGGCAUGGCCACCAACAGCCUCCUCUCCACCAUCCAACCAGCUUCUGUAAGUUUGGCAGUUACAGGUCUCAGCAUCAUGGCUCAGCCUCAUUUCCUCCCCCUGUGUCCAAUCAUCCAGGGCCAGAGUUCUGGUGCUCCAUCUCCUACUUUGAAAUGGAUGUGCAGGUGGGGGAGAUGUUCAAGGUGCCGGCUAGCUGCCCGGUGGUGACGGUGGACGGCUACGUGGACCCCUCAGGGGGCGACCGCUUCUGUCUGGGCCAGCUAAGCAACGUCCACCGCACCGACGCCAGCGAAAGAGCCAGGUUGCACAUAGGUAAAGGAGUGCAGCUGGAGUGUCGUGGUGAGGGAGAUGUGUGGAUGCGCUGUAUGAGCGACCACGCCGUGUUCGUGCAGAGCUACUACUUGGAUCGAGAGGCAGGUAGAGCGCCAGGCGACGCAGUACACAAGAUCUACCCCGGCGCCUACAUCAAGGUGUUUGACCUGAGACAGUGUCACAGGCAAAUGCAGCAGCAGGCAGCUACAGCGCAGGCAGCGGCAGCAGCUCAGGCUGCCGCCGUGGCAGGCAACAUCCCUGGGCCAGGCAGCGUUGGAGGCAUAGCCCCUGCAGUCAGUCUUUCUGCAGCAGCAGGGAUAGGUGUGGACGACCUCCGGAGGCUGUGUAUACUGCGGCUGAGCUUUGUGAAGGGCUGGGGCCCUGACUACCCCCGGCAGAGCAUCAAACAUACCCCCUGUUGGGUGGAGGUACACCUGCACCGGGCUCUGCAGCUGCUGGACGAGGUACUACACACCAUGCCCUUGGCCGACCCAGGACCCGCUAACUGAGUAAAAGGAAAGAGGAUCAGUUAAAAAUCCAUACUGGGUUAAAAACGUACACACACACACACACACACACACACACACACACACAGCAGUAAAAAUGUAUGUUUUUGUCAUACCCGUGAUAUGCUGUCAGCCAAUCAGCAUUCAGGGCUCGAACCACCCAGUUUAUAAAGGCUGAUACAGAUUGAUACAUGCACAUACAAUCACAUGCAUGUUUCUGUUCUAUGUAACACACACAAUGUAGAGCUACUCAAAGCCCCACAAAGGCUAUCCUCAAUCUCUCCGUCACACACAGACACACACUCAAGCAGCCAACAAUCACUGCACUCUCCUUAACCACUUGUACUGUCUCCCACACGCCCAUGCAACCACUAACCAAACCUGUGGGCAUGCAGAUAUAAAACUACUGAUGUCCUGAUCAUACUUUCCAUGUUUUGUGAACAUUAAUUAUUGUUUCACAGCACAAACACUACAAAGCAGCCUUGACCCCUGAAUUAUCUUUCAUAGAGGUUCUAUAUUAUAGUAUAAACAGGUAACAUUAGUGAAAAUGUAGUAGUAAUUUAUGUUUAUUCUUCUAUUCUCUACAGAAAUAGAAAUGCACUGUAGAAAUCUAGGGAUGCUUUUCAGAGAUCCAGUGUUCUGACAUGAUACAAGCACUUUAGUACUCCUCAAAUGCACACACAAUCCACACUUGCUCAUUUCCUUCUUACAUGUACACACACACACACACACACACACACACACACACACACACACACACACACACACACACACACACACACACACA